AUGCGUCUCCUCAUCCUCUUCCUGACGCUACUUUCGGUUGCAGCAGGCCUCACUUUGCAAAAGACUGAUGGCACCACGAUCGAGCUCAGCGAUGAGCCUAUGGUCAUCGAUGGCAGCGAAGUGAUCAUGCCUCAGGAAAUGUUCGCGAGCGCGUCCCGCGUCAAGCUCGACGGUAUCUCCGAGAUUGCCGACGUCAGCACUGCAGACAUUAACCCUUUUCCGGUUGCUGUACACCUCUACGAAGGACCCUACAGGCAAGGCAGGCGAGCUCACGCCUACCUAUGCGCUACGGGAAUGAAUGGUUGCCUCGCAGACGGCGCCUCUGAGCCAUGGGCAUCUUCGCUCACUCUACAACUCACGAAGUCGACGCCGAAAUUCGAUAAGAUGAUUAGGUCUAUGCAGUGCUUCUGGGAUAAGGAUGCUCACGUCGCUGGAGUUGAUGCUCGUUCUGAGCGCCAAUCCGACAUCGAAACCUUCUCCAACGUUGGCACGGCAGACAUCGGUACCGCAGACACCAGCGCCGAAGAUCCGCACUUGGGACAACCCUUGGGCUUCCUCGGUAUCCUUAACACAGUGUCCUGA